UCAUUGCAAAUGGCUGCUAUGAAGGCCUUCGUUUUAAUCUGCAUAGUAUAUUUCUUCAGUCAAAAGAAGCAUGUCUCUGCUGUCCAGAGUGACCAGGUUUUGUGGGCUUUUCCGCAAUCAGACAGAGAAGUUGAAUUCCUGCAGAAUUUGACCACUACUUUUGAGAUUGUGCUUUGGAAACCUGAUUCACCCAGGAACAUAAUGAAAAACAAAGAGGUACAUUUCUACGUCAACAUAUCGGAUAUAACUGCUGUGAAAACUGCACUUAACCAAUCUGCCAUUCAAUUCAGAGUUUCACUGGAAGAUGUUCAGAAAAUUAUUGAGAUGCAGACUGUAAACAACACAGCCACCCCCCGUAGUUCUGCAUCAUUUUAUGAACAAUAUCAUUCUCUUGAUAUAAUAUACUUUUGGAUGGAUGAAAUGGCUUCACAACAUUCUGAUACCAUCCAAAAAAUACACAUUGGAGUUUCCUAUGAAAAACGACCACUUUACAUUUUUAAGCUUUCAAAUGAUUUGAGAACACCAAAGAAUGCCAUUUGGAUAGAUUGUGGUAUCCAUGCCAGGGAAUGGAUUUCUCCUGCAUUUUGUCUCUGGUUCAUAGGUCAUGUAGCUCAGUCCCUACAGAGGAGCAGAGAUCCAUACAUGCUCAGAAUUCUACAGAACGUCGAUUUCUAUGUCAUGCCAAUAAUGAACGUGGAUGGUUAUGAAUACACAUGGACUUCGAACCGAAUGUGGAGAAAAAGUCGGUCCCGGCAUGGCAACAACAAAUGCAUUGGAACAGAUUUAAAUAGAAAUUUUGAUGCAGGCUGGUGUGGCCCAGGUGCAUCUACUAAUGACUGUGAAGAGACAUACUGUGGGCCUUACCCUGAGUCUGAACCAGAAGUAAAAGCUGUGGUGAAUUUUCUCAAACGGCAUAAGGAUCAUAUUAAGGCAUAUAUAACAAUGCACUCUUACUCCCAGAUGGUUCUGUUUCCAUAUUCCUAUACUAAAAAUAAAACUAAAGAUCAUGAUGAGCUGCAAAUUCUGGCAAACAACAUAGCUAAUACUAUCAAAGUCACAUAUCAAAACCGCUAUCGGGCAGGAACUGGUGCACAUACAAUUUAUUUAGCUCCAGGAGGUUCAGAUGACUGGGCUUAUGACCUUGGGAUAAAGUAUUCUUUCACUUUUGAACUUCGGGACAGAGGAAAAUAUGGAUUCUUGCUUCCUCAGCAUCUCAUUAAACCAACCUGCCAUGAAGCACUCACAGGAAUCAAAAUAAUAGCUUCACAUGUUAUUAAAAAUAUGUGAAACUCUGUAUUCCAUUUAGCUUUGCAUAGUACUACAUCAGUCAACUUGCAUGGCUAGCCAAAUUCAACUUGCUUGCUAUUUUAAUUUCAAUAAACUUGACUUGUUUUUCUUUA